AUGGCCGCUGGAGGCGCAACGAAGUCUCCCGAGGAGCAACAGGCGGCUAUCGAUGCCGCCAACGAGAACGUCUCCCUCUCCAACUAUCUGUACUACAUCUGCGCUGCCAUUGCCGCAGCCGUCAUCAUUUGGAGAGUAUGGACCGUCAUCGUCAGAUAUGUUCGUACCGUUGCCUGUCUCAACAACGACAACCAGCGCUACUUUGCCCAGUCAGACUCCAAGGUCUCCUGGAUGAAGAAGAACAUCCUCUACGCCCCGGUCAUGAGCAAGCGCCAUAACCGCGAAAUCCAGCUCAGUUCUGCCAUUAAUGUCGGCACCCUCCCCAGCCGACUCCAGCUUCUGUUCCUCGCCGGUUACUUCGCCACGAACAUCGCUUUCUGUGUCAUUAACAUCCCCUUUGCCGGCUCUUUUGCCGCGGCUGCGUCGCAGCUGAGAAACCGAACUGGUACCUUGGCUGUUGUGAACAUGGUGAGUCGUGAACAGCUUAUCCUGAUGAGCGAGUCUCAGAUAUCAAGGAAACUUAUUCCCUUAUUCCUGAUGGGUGGCCGAAACAACCCUUUGAUUCCCAUGCUUGGCAUGUCCUUCGAUACUUUCAACUUGUUGCAUCGUUGGUUCGGCCGUAUUGUCAUUUUGGAGGCUCUUGCUCAUACGCUGGCUUGGAUGGCCAACACUGCCAACAAGAGCAGCUGGCAGGCAGCUAUCACCUCAGCAACGACCGUUCCCUUCUUGCUCUUUGGUUUUGUUGCCACUUGCGCUUUCGUGGCCAUCGGAAUCCAGGCUUCUAGCCCGAUCAGACACGCCUUUUACGAGACGUUCAAGUUCCUUCACAUUUUGCUCGCUAUCACGGCUGUUGUUGGUACCUGGUACCACUUGCAGAUGAAGGCCCUGCCCCAGCUCAAGUACAUGUGGCCCGUAAUCAUCUUCUGGGGCGGUGAUCGCGUCUGGCGUGCCUGGAGGGUGUUUUACGGCAAUGUCGGGCACGGCGGCAGCAAGGCCCUCGUCGAGGCUCUUCCUGGCAACGCAUGCCGUGUUACGGUAACGAUGGCUCGACCCUGGACCUUUGGGCCCGGCCAGCAUGCCUACAUGUACAUGCCGUCCCUCAGCCUGUUGCAGUCUCAUCCCUUUUCCGUCGCUUGGAGCGAGGAGGCUGAGGAUCCUAUGGCCGAGAAGGGGUCCCUUAACCGUCAAGACAUUCUCGCCAUGCGCAAGACCACCAUGUCCUUCAUCAUCCGCGCCCGCACUGGAAUGACCGACACACUGUAUCGCAAGGCCGCUGCUUGUCCUGAGGGCAAAAUGACUACGACAUGCAUGGUGGAGGGGCCCUAUGGCGGACUGCACAGUAUGCGCUCUUAUGGUACGGUUAUGUUGUUUGCUGGCGGUGUUGGCAUUACUCAUCAGGUACCUCACGUUCGCGAUCUCGUCGCCGGCUAUGCGAACGGAACUGUCGCCGCAAGAAAAGUUAUUCUCAUCUGGACCAUCCAGAGUCCUGAGCAUCUCGAGUGGAUUCGCCCUUGGAUGACGGAGAUCCUGGCCAUGGAGAAACGCAGAGAUGUUCUCCGAAUCAUGCUCUUCGUCAGUCGGCCAAGGUCAACCAAGGAGAUUCACAGUCCUUCGUCUACUGUUCAAAUGUUCCCUGGACGCCCCAACAUCGAGACGCUCAUUAAGGCUGAGCAGGAGUCACAAGUUGGAACCAUGGGCAUCAGUGUCUGCGGUCCUGGCGCUCUCAGCGACGAGGUGCGCCGCGCCGUUCGCGACCGCCAGCAUGAUUCAGCCAUUGACUUCAACGAAGAGGCUUUCUCGUGGGUUUCGAGUGGUUUUGCAUCAGGCGACCUCCAUGUGCUGCGAAGCAAUACAAGUCAACACAAGAGCAAAGGUCCCCUGUCAACCAUCCCCGGCUUCUUCACCGACCCCUCCUUCCGCCGUUGCCUUCUGUCAGCUAGACAAGCUGCUGCAUUUCUAACCCUUCCCCUGGCCCAGCCUGGCCCCAGCCUGACCCCAGUGCUUCCCUCCGAGGCCCAGCUUAGCUCGCGGACUGGUGAUUUCAGGAGGGUCCACGGCGGGCGCGCUUCAGAGGGCUAUCUUAUCUCUCCUGUCUACCUCAGCUGCACCCUCACCUCACCUGCUCACCUGAGCGUUCGCCGCAUCCAUCCGGCCUGGGCACAUAUCCCCCUCCCGUCUCCCGCACACCCGCCUGCCCUACGCUCUUUUUCCGGACUUCAAAACACCUACCACGUCAACCAGGGAAACCCCCCUUCCACGUUAUCCUCAUUCUGUCCUUCGGUAAAGCGCUUCGAGGAGGAAGCUCUCCUUCUUUUCUGCAGCUUUGCAAGAAGCAUAUCGACGACAGCACCAAAUCCGAAGCUGCCUGCCGCUAUUGAGUGGCAAGGCUUCGCGACCAGUCACAACCGUUCCAUCUCCCACCGUAUCCUGCCUGCGCAGGAGGAGACUUUGCACAUAAUGGGGUUGGCGUACAACACAUAUCAUAAGCCGGGUAUGGUUCAUCAGGAUAUUCUCUCCUCCUUGCUCUGCAUCGCAUGCUCCAACAAGCUUUGGACCACGCAAGCAGACAUCGCCUCCACCUCUCUGAAUUUCCGAGGCCAGCAUGGCAAAGCAUACCUAUUCAACAGCGUCGUCAACAUCGAGACAGGCGAGCCCAGCGAACGAAACAUGACGACUGGACGACACAUCGUACGCGAUAUCACCUGCAAGCAGUGCAAGGAGACCGUUGGCUGGAAGUACGAUAAAGCAUACGAGGCUACGGAGAAGUACAAGGAGGGCAAGUUUAUACUUGAGGCUGAGCUUCUUUGCAACGUCACCUAG